AUGGCCAACACCGGGGCCAAUGCGCAUGACGAUAUGCUCCAAACACGCAACGGCACCUCCGACGACACGGAGCCGUCGCCCACCCUCUUCGCCGGUAGCCACACUCGAAUCCGCCGCGAUAACGGAUUUAAAAAGCCUGAGUGUGACCUGCGCCCAUUCCUGUGCUACGCCCACGAACACCAACAUCCAGCAGAUGAGGGAGUUGGGAUGCCGGGAUGGUUGAAAUCCCUUUGUCCUCACGAGUGUCCGGUGCGGCUAUGCGGUGCAGAUGCGACGGGAAAGGCCGGCAACCCGAGGCUGCUCAUGAUGAGCCCAUGUCGACCGAAAUUUUGUGCAACCGACGCAGACGAAGCCUCCGGUGCGCCAGAUUGCAUCCGGGCGGCCACGAUCAAUGACGGCAAAGAUAAAGUGCUCUUCCCCUUCAACCUAUGCACCCGAGAAAUGAUAGCAGCCGACCGGUGCCCAGGAACCGCAUGGACUACGGCUGCGUAUGCGAGAAACGGACAACAUGUGACAAACAAAUACCUGGCCCAAUGCGACGCUGGUUUCGUGAUUCCCGAGAUCGUGCUCGACGCCAUCACCAAACAUGGCACGGCACGAGAUCCGCCGCUAAAGACUUGUGUCCCGAGUCUGCACAUUGCCGCCGGGUACGCCACUGAUGAUCCAUCUCCGUUCACCAACUACCCCUAUGAUGUGCACGAUCCACUGAACUUCAAGUACUGCGGCAAGGGAGGACGACCGCCAGGUGAUACCUGUGAGCCACUGCCAAUCUGCAAAAAGGAUGGCACAAGCCCAGAUUCGAUGACACAGGAGGUUAUCGAGGCAUCGGACUGUGACAACGAAUGUGAUUAUCGAUAUGGCGCGACGCAAGAGGGAUGUGUUUACCUAGAUAUCUCGAAUCCCGGCGGCACGAUCCCCUACUUUACAGCACGUCGUGCUCUGUCGGGCCCGUACGCCGUGUUCAUGGACGAAGAGGAGACGCUGAUGCUCGGCGCCGUCGAGGAGGAGCCAGCAUCGACGCCGAAGGGCCGGACCAUUGUCGUCGGGGACAUCCAUGGAAAUUUCGACGACCUCUGGCACAUCAUCCAUGCUUGGCUGUCGGAUGCUGUUGGAAAGGGGCCAGGGCAAAACAUCAUUUUCCUGGGCAAUAUCGUUGGUGCAGGCGCGCGUCUGCUGGAAUGCCUGACGCUGAUCUUGGCCUACAAAGUACUCGUGCCCGACAAGGUGUCAAUCAUCCUUGGCAAUCACGAAUUGGAUGCUGAGACUGGCACCAUUUUGCAAGACCACCUGGCUGGUCGUGGCUACUCGCCGGAAGUCAUCGAGGAAUUUACCAAACUCUUCGCUCAGCUGCCACUGAUGGGGCUGAUCGACGGACGGAUCCUCUGCGUACACGGCCUGAUAACCUUUGAGCUCAACAAAACGUAUCUUGACGAAGGCUGGGGCUCGGAAGAUCAGUUCCGUAUCCACAUGCGCAGGGGUUUGACGUGCAACGACCCCUCAGAUCUGGUCGAUUAUUCCGAGCUCCACACCGACGACGCGCGGUACUCUCGCCUGGGCCGAACGGCGAUCAAGGAAGCGAUGCAGAGGCUCGGCAUCGAAUUCAUCAUCCGUGGCAAACAGGUGAUGAUGAACGGCGUUCAACGUUUUCGCGAUCUUCCGGUUGCCACCGUCUUCUCGUCAUCUUGCUACAAGGAGAACAACCUUGGCGCCAUCCUCUUCGUCGACCCCGAAAAGAACGCCAUCACCCCGGUCUUCUUCGUCAACAUCAACGAGAAGAUCCAGACGCAAAAGGAACUCGACGAAAAGCUGGCAAAGGGCUGGAUGCGGGACGGCUACUACCAUCCAAUGACCCAUCAGCGCGGA